GAGGCGCUACUCUCCCUCUCCCUCUCCCUCUUCCCCCUCUCUCUGUGCAGUGUGUGCAGAGCUCUAUAGCUGCGGAGGCUCAAAUACUCUCCCGGAGGUCAAGCUCACAAUCCCAAAAUGGCUAGAGGGUUGAAGAAGCAUUUGAAGAGGCUCAAUGCCCCGAAGCAUUGGAUGCUUGACAAACUUGGCGGUGCCUUUGCGCCCAAGCCUUCAUCUGGGCCUCACAAGUCCAGGGAAUGCCUUCCCUUGGUCAUUAUCUUACGAAACAGAUUGAAAUAUGCUCUCACUUACCGUGAGGUCAUUUCCAUUUUGAUGCAACGACAUGUUCUGGUUGAUGGGAAGGUUAGGACUGACAAGACAUAUCCUUCGGGUUUCAUGGAUGUUAUUUCAAUCCCCAAAACAAAUGAGAAUUUCCGUCUCCUUUAUGACACAAAGGGUCGGUUCCGUCUCCACUCGAUCAGGGAUGAAGAGGCAAAGUUUAAACUUUGCAAAGUCCGGUCAGUGCAGUUUGGGCAAAAGGGUAUCCCGUACAUCAACACCUACGAUGGGCGAACCAUUCGCUACCCUGACCCUCUCAUCAAGGCCAACGACACCAUUAAGCUUGACCUAGAGAGCAACAAGAUCACUGACUUCAUUAAGUUUGAUGUUGGGAAUGUGGUCAUGGUUACAGGUGGAAGGAACAGGGGGCGUGUUGGAGUAAUCAAGAACAGGGAGAAACACAAGGGAAGUUUUGAGACAAUCCACGUUCAGGAUGCCACCGGCCAUGAAUUCGCUACUCGGUUGGCUAAUGUGUUCACCAUUGGCAAGGGGACGAAGCCAUGGGUAAGUCUUCCUAAGGGAAAAGGUAUCAAGCUCACUAUCAUCGAAGAGGCCAAAAAGAGGCAAGCAGCCCAACAAGCAUCCACUGCCUAAUUAAUUACGACACCCUUUUUAAUUUGUUGUACUUGUGUGGUCACUGUUUUUGCGGUUAGACUUAGAACAUUUAGUUCUGAAUUUGUGAUUCAAAAAUUUUUCCGGCUUGUUUUGCUCAGUACUGGUAGAUUGUUGACAUCAAUUUUUUAUAAUCUUAUACCUAUUUGGUGCUCCUCUUUGGCCUUGACGGGCAUGUUCAA